AUGCUUCCUCCGAGAAAGGUGCAAUCCCUAAAUCAGUGUGAUUGCAGUUGCACAUCAGAGAGUGCCUGUCGUCCAGGUCAAGGUAGAUAUAACUUCUAAAAUGGCGAAAACCAACUUGCCUUAACUCCAUUACCCGUUUACCUGUUAUACCAAAAUUAACGUAUAAGAUCUGUUGAUUUCCUAGAUUCCUACGACAGGCUUCCUAUUUCAUGCAAAGAAAUCUGGAAAAAAACUAAGUAUGUAACAAUAGUUAACAUUUUUUUAUUGAGACAACUUAGGAUGGUAUAUUCAUUUGACUUCAUGUCUCAGUGAGAGUAAUAUAAGACCACUUCCUCAUUUGACAGCUUUAAAUGUUAUUCUUCUGUGUAAUGUGACACACGCCUUUUUGGAGGUUUAAAUUUUAUAAAAUAAGCAUAAAGAAGACUCGGACGCCAAAAUUGAAACUCUGCGAAUUCAUCGUAUUUUCAUCUCAAAACUUUAGAAAACUUGAAACUGGCCUGAGGGAAAUAAGCUACUAAGGCAAACUACUUCGACUUCGCAUUCUAGAGUCUGUGGUUGUUCUCAAUAUGGCCUACACUUUAAUACUUUAGGGAUACUCCUAAAACAGUGUGCACUAUACUAGGAGAUAAAAAUAUAUAAAUAAAAAAAUAAAUAAUAAUUAUGGAUAAAAGAAGAAUUUACAUGUCAAAUCUAAAAUAGAUAUGUACAUUAUAAAAUUACUGUUUUUAAGAUUUUAUCGACACAAAAAUUUAGUACUAUAAAAAACCUAAUCAUGCAACUUAUUGUGGGCAUUAUACCAUUAGUGAAAGGAAAAAUGUUAGUAGUUACGGGUAACUUAUUCCAGGCUUCUAGUGAACUUGGUUAGAACGAAUAUUUAGAAACGUUACAACUGAAUUGAAUGUGACGAAAAGGGAAUGCAUUGUGGCUCGAGAAGCCCUUGUUAAGGGACAUACUUCAGAUGGAAGGGAGAUACCAACUAAACCUUGUUGGAUUUUAUAAAACAUUGAUAAUUGGUACGAAAGUCUGCGUCGUUGAGCGGGUCCCAACCAAGCUGUUUUAGCAUGGGAGUAACAUGACUAAAAUUUGAGUAGUCUCUAAAAACGAACCUUGCUGCUUUAUACUGAAUUAGUUCGAUUUGGUGAAUAUUCCGUUUAGUAUACGGAUUCCACACAGAGCACGCAUACUGUAGUUGAGGACGCACAAAGAUAGUGUAUGCCUUAGAUUUGACAUCCGUGGAACAAUCCGGCAAGACCAACUGUUCUAUUAGCCUUACUAGAAAUGUUAUCACAAUGUUGACAGAUAUUUUAUCAUUAAAUUUGUGCAUGAUCGUUUCAUGCUUCUUUCCCUCAAUUCUGUGCCCUCGCCUAAUUCACAAUGCGCGUUUGAUGUCAGUGGUGUGUUAGUAGAGUUGUUUCGAUAAUCUUUGAAAGCUUCCUGUUCAUAUAGAUAGUCUUGCCCCUGUUGAUAUAACAAACCUUUUAUCAAAGUCACCGAACAUGUAAAACAACGAUAAUCAAUUGAUCUCGAGACUUCAUACGACAUACACGACACGUAUUUUAAGCUGUUAUAGUGUAACUGUGAUAGGAAGUACUCUAAGAGUACAUAAAAUGUGAGCUUUGGGGUUAUUGUGCAUCGAGACGAAUCGUUUAAACUAAAAACUAAUUAAGUUAGUGAAAUUAGCAGUAUAAGUUAUAUGUAGACAAAUGAAUUAUUUAGUGUUUUAUACUUCCUAGUGCCUUACCCAGGGACUAUGAAAAUCGAUUUGCUGUAGUCUAGAAUAAAAUGUCGUGAACAGAGAACGGGAUGAUUUCUUCAAAAAAACGGGAUGAUUUUCAUCCAGGGAACAAUGAGAUAAAUCAUUAAGUCACGUCACAGCAAACAAUCUGAUAAAGACCUUUCGAUAUAUUUACAUUGUUUGAAUCACGUUCCGAAUAAAUCAACCUGUGUGUGAUCUUAAACAUUUUUCGCAUUUCAUUGCAUUGACCUUUCAGUACCCGUGUUGAUGGAAUCUUUUACAUUCGCACUGGUCUACCAUCCCGAUAUGAGGAAGUGUUCUGUCACAUGACACCAAUUAACGGAUGUGGGGACGGGGGAUGGACGCUUGUUAUGAAGAUCGAUGGGCAGAAGGUAAAUAUAUAAAACACUGCAUAUUUCUUUGAUUGAGGUCUUACGGAAUGAAAAAAAAGGUUUUCACAAUUUGCUAGAAAAAGAGGUAACAGUGGACAUUAAUUUCUACUUUGGCCCAAAAGGCUCAAACACAAAUCAGUUUCCCAAAACAUAACUCAGUUUCUCGAACUCAAAUCAAUCUUCCCAAAACAAAAAUCAGUUUCGCAAAACAUAAAUCAAUUUCCCGAAAUACAAAUCAAUCUUCCCAAAACACAAAUCAAUUUCCCGAAACACAAAUUCGUUCCAGUUUCAACAGACUGGUCACUACCUUAUUAUGACGAGAUGGCCUGGAAAGUAGAAUGACCAAUUCGAGCCCAAGGUCGUGCGCAUCCAAUAUGGCGACUAUCUGUACGGGCUGUAUCUUUAUUGCUUUAAUCAGGUGUUAACGUGAAAAAUGUUCUACCAAAGCUGCGGGCAACAAGUUUUAAAAGAAUAUUUGUUCUGCCCUUCGUGUUAAACCAAACUGGACAUUGCUAUACCUUUGGUCAGGCUAUUAUUAUCCAAGGCGUCCCAAGCUCACGUUACGAGUGUGAAAUGUAAAUUUACUUUCUCACAAGAGAUUCGGUGUCGCGUUACAUAUGACCGAGAUUAAGAUUCACGUUUACGCCAAACGGCAAACGUCAGAUUCAAGUUGAGAAUUUCUCCGAAUAGAAAGUAAGCAGAUAAAAACUGUCCAGAAAAAUUUUUAUGUAUAAAACUAGCUUGAAAAUACUUAUUUUUUAGUUGAAGUAAUAAACAGAUAACGGCAAUUAAGGGAAAACUUGGUCACAUGGUACAAAUUCGCGUUUGCCGUUUAGCGUAAACGUGAAUCUUAACCUCUCUAUUGUAUGAGAAAUUUAAAUACUGAGGUCUGCGAACACUAGAUAUCAUUAUAUUUUACCCUUAUGUCUAUAAAAUAAAUAAAGGAGACUUUUUCCUUUUAUUUAACAACACUUUAUUACAAAUUUACAUACAAAGGAAAAAAAUUUAAAAAUAGCAAAGGAAACUGCAAAAAUUACAAAAUUAGAAGAUUAUCAUUACAAAAAUUAUCAUUACGCCAGCUUAUACAUAAGAAAAACAAAAAACAAUGCUAGACAAUGAACAAAGCAAAAGGCUUAACAGACGCAGUACUCGUUGUAAACAGAAAAGCAUGCAAAUCUAUACAAAAGAAAUUAUCAGUGGCAUAUGGGAGGGCGGCGAGUAAACAAUAGGGCUCUCCAAGGAGGCUCUAGCCUCAUACAGGCACCUACUGUCACAUAUGGCCCUGGAAUGAUGAAAUAACCAGAAAAGUCCAAGCUCCUUCACAUGUUUUUAUCGUAAAAAUGUGUCUAACAUAAACCGGCAAACUAAGCCCUAGCUUUGUGAGAGAAAUUUUGCAUUGUAUGACCCAUGUUUUGACAGACUAAUACCGGUAGUUUAUUGCAAGUUGAUUAUCAGCCUUCAUUUCUAAAAUACUUAAUCCACGAGUUCGCCAGGGGUACCCUUUGAUUUUGCUUCUGUCCUACCUGGGUACAGCAAUUUGUAGGCCAAUGGAGAGCUAUAAACAAUUUCAUUAGCAUUAUGCAUCGAGUGCUAACUUUAAUAGCUCCACUCCCAUCUGCUGUUCCACCCUUCCUUAGUGGAAGACUUUUUCCUCGUCGGGGCUUGAGCAAAUUUUCCUCUUCAAUAUAUGGCAUGAUGUUCCAAUGUUGACGGUUACAGGCAGGUCAUCUUUCUCAGUUAUCCUCUUAGUUUUCUUGCUCUUUUUUUGAAUUGCGACUUUCUCUCAUCUUUUUAAUUAUUUAUGAAAGGUGUCCCCGAGGUAGGAAAAGGCUUAGAAAAAAUUAAGGUUAAAUCAAAUGUGGCAAUUCCAGCGCUGCAGCACAGUCAGCUCUCCCAUUCCUAUUGCUGGUCGAAUCAAACGUGGAAGAAUGAGCUUCAGUGUUAUUGGUCGUAGAAUUUCCGCACUACGCAAAAUUGAAUAGUAUUCUUCAGUACACUGUUGCAAUAAACGCAAAACUUUUUAACAGGAGAUAAAGUUACACGAGUCCAUGUCGUCGCCAUAUUGGGCCCGAUUUCGUCACUCUACUUUCCAGGCCAUCUCGUUCAUAACAAGUCGUGCCCAGUCUUUUGAAAUUGAUUUGUGUUUUGGGAAAUUGAUUUGUGUAUUGGUUAACUGAUUUGUGUUUUGGAAAACUGAUUUGUGUUUUGGGAAACUGAUUUGUGUUUGAGCCUUCUUAGCCACCGUAUUUUUUUUCCUCUUAGUGAACUGCUAAAUACUUCGUAAACUCGUUCCUUGUUAUCUCACAAAGGGUAAAUGCGAAAAAUGAAACGUUUCUAGAAUUAUUCCGUUCAGUUUUGAAGUCGUGCAAACGUGGACAUGUUCUUUCUUAAUGGAAGCAAAUGUCAUCGAUCAGUAAAUAGAGAAGUUUCUUUCUGCAAUUUGUAGCAUGCAUUCUGUUUUCUUCUUGUUGCAGAAAACAUUCACGUUUGAUUCGCGAUACUGGACUGACAAUGUUACCUACAAUGUGGCUGGAGGUACGAGCUUGGAGAAGGUAGAGACAAAACUUAGCACUUACUGGUCUACGCCUUUUACUCGACUCUGCCUUGGAAUGAACUACAAAAAUGAAGAAGCAAAAUGGAUCUCGCUUAGCUAUUCUGGGUCAUCCCUGUGGCACGUGAUAUCAAACGGAACGUACAUACCAACCAAUUUAACUGCUGGGGAGUGGAAGAAAUUGCUCGUUAAUUCCACAAUCUGGGUAACUACAACACAUACUAUUUAAUAACGAACAAGAAUGAAGGGAUUUAAAACUAGUUUAUUGUAAACGGUUCAUUUCUACAAUGUUUUUAAAGUAGCUGUGUUUCGGAGAGGUCCAUAAAAUUACCCUCCGAAACACAACUGCGGAAAUUUUUGUACUGUUAUGCAUAGUCUUGGUACCCUGUGAUAUUCGGGGGGCCCAGGGGUAGUUGCCAUCUUAAUCUUAGGAUUGAGUUCAGUUUAUAUUUUAACAUGGUGUCAAAAGUAAAGCACCAAUAUGGAUAAGUUAGAGACUCCGAGUACUCUUGUACUCCCAGGAAAUUUAGCGGAAAACUGGCGGCGUUUUAAGCAGUAAUUCAGUCAGAUUUACGAAGUAGCGUCAGGCGUAGUAAGAAAAGGUGGAAAGGUUCGAGGGAUGACCGUGUUGCACGUGGCGGGAUCAGAGGCCUUGAAAGUGUACAACACGUUUCAGUAGGUCAGUGACGGCGAUGAGAAUAAAGUAGAUAAAAUAAUGGAGAAGUUUGAACGGUACUGUAUUCCGAGGAAGAACCUAACUUUAGAAAGACAUUCAUUCCUUUCAAGGAAUCAACUUGAUGGGAGACGAUUGACGCGUACGUGACUGACUUACGUAACAAGGCAGCAAGAUUUGAAUUCGGUGAUUUGAAGGAUGAAUUGAUCCUUGAUCGGAUCGUUUGUGGUUUAAAUGAUGACACCGUGAGAUCCCGACUUCUAAGAGAAGCAAAACUGACCUUGGAGGGCUGCCUUUAUAUUUGUCGGGCGACUGAAAUAAGUUCUGGGCAGCUCAAGGUUUUGAACGAAGAAAAGGCAGUGCACGUCACGGGUAAGAGAUGAUGCGUUGUAUAGAGGAUACAGUCAGAACGAUGAGCGAGGGAAUGCGAAAGAUAGCAAAGCAGGUAUGAUUUCAUGUCAAUUCUGAGGAUAUCGUCACAAAUAAUGCUUACCACAAGCCUAACCAUUUUGCAAGUGUAUGCCAGGAUAAAAAAAAGGAGGUUCAUGCAGUGAACCAAAAAGGUGCCAGUGACGAACAGGCCUUCUUUAUUGGUGCUUUAAGUCGCAACAAAUGCACAGAGAAUGAUAAAAGGAGAAGUAUUUAUCAUUCGAGAUUGACAAUGCAGCUCAUUGUAAUGUCAUCCCAGAAAGCAUUUGUAAGGAAAUGGGUAUUGUUUGUUUCAGUAAAGAAGGGUCAAAAGUUCUUUCCUAUUCCGGUCAUGAAAUAAAAACAUUGGGCAAGAGUGAUGUGGCAGUUGAGUACAAAGGAAGAUAUCAUGUGAUUGCGUUUCGGUGGUUGACGUAGAUGUAAUACCAGUAUUAGGGCUGCAAACUGCCACUGACCUUCAGUUAAUUCAGAGAUUAUAUACUGUGGCAUCAAGCGGUACACAGGAGACCAAACCAGAAAUACUCAGUACCUACGCGGAUCAGUUCAGAAGAAUUGGAGCACUUCCAGGUGAAUAUGAGAUAAAGAUUGAUGAAAGUGCAACUCCAGUAGUACACCCACCAAGGCGGAUCAAAGUCAAGGCUGAACUAUGUCAGACAGGAAGAGAUGGGUAUUGUCACAACGGUUGAACAACCUACCAAGUGGGUCAACCCAGUCAUUGUGGUUCGGAAGCCAAAUGGAGAUGUCCGUAUCUGCCUUGAUCCUGUUGAUUUGAAUAAAGCGGUAAAGAGAGAACAUUACCCCUAAAAAAUGGUGGAAGAGGUCGCUGCAAGUAUGUCAGAAGCAAAAGUUUUCUCAACCCUUGAUGCUACAUCAGGAUUUUACCAGAUCAAGUUGGCCGAAGAAAGUACUUGGCUUACUACGUUCAACACACUCUUUGGCAGAUUUAAAUUUGAGAGGUUGCCAUUUGGUCUGGUGUCAGCUCCAGAGGUUUUUCAAAGGGUCGUGUCCGACAUGCUUGAGGCCAUUGAGAAAUGUGAAGUUAUUGUUGAAGAUUUGCUAGUGUGGGGCAAGAAUACAGAGGAUCAUGAUCACGCUCUGAAGCAGGUGUUGAAGAGAGCAACAGAGAAUGAUUUAAGAUUUAAAGAACAAAAGUGCAAGUUUCUAAGGCAGGAAGUUGAAUAUGUGGGACAUGUUUUUGGGACUGAUGGCUUGAGACCAAGUUCAGACAGAAUUCAGGCCAUUUUGAAUAUGUCAGUUUCACAAGACAAAACAAGCCUACAAAGAUUUAUGGGUAUGGUGAAUUACUUGCAAAAGUUCAUUCCUAAUUUGGCUAGCAUUGAUAAACCACUUCGUUAGCUGCUGUAAAAGUCAGUGGAGUGGCACUGGAUGGAGGCACAGCAGAAAGCGUACGGAGAGCUUAUCACCUGUAUCACCCCGGUACCUUUUCUUAAGUAUUUUGAUGUGAAUGAAGAUGUCAUUGUAUCUGUUGAUGCCUCCUCGAGGGUCUGGGUGCCUGUUUGCUGCAAGGGGACCAACCAGUAGGCUAUGCAUCAAGAUCACUGAACAGUGCCGAGCGAAAUUGUGCUCAAAUAGAAAAGGAAAUGUUGGCUAUUUUCUUUGGUACCAGCAAAUUUGUUGUGCUAGUGGAUUAGUACUCAGAGUACUUUGAAUUGACACAGCUCAAAGACAGAACAAAUGCCUCUGUCAUCAACUGUCUAAAACAGCAUAUAUGAAGACAUGGAAUACCGGAAGUUCUCCAUUCAAAUAAUGGCCCUGAAUUUAGCAGUUUGGAAUUUCAACGGUUCGCCAAACAGUAUCAAUUUCAGCAUGUUACUUCAUCACCUAGAUUUCCUCAGAGCAAUGGCUUAGUGGAACGUACUGUACAAACAGCCAAGAAGCUCCUCAAAAAAGCAUAUGAGGAUAACAACGAUCCCUAUUUAGCAAUUCUGGAGUUACGAAAUACUCUAAUUCCUGGAGUUGGACUUUCUCCCACUCAGUUGCUUAUGGGACGUCGCACAAGGAGAAUCAUUCCAAUUAAGAAUACCUUGCUAAAGCCAAUGGCCUACGACCCCAGUGAAGUUCAGAGAGUGCUGAAAGAAAACCAGCAAGUUCAGAAGAAGGAUUUUGAUCAACGCUGCAGGUCCCUUGAACCAUUAAAACUUGGAGAUAGUAUCAGGGUGCGACAGAUAGGAACCUGGGAACCAGCAGUGUUGUUGGAGAGAUCUGACAAAGGCGAACCAAGAUCAUAUAUUGUGAAAGUGAAUGACCAUCAUUACAUACGAAACCGGAGGGAUAUUCUGAAGACACAAGAAACCCUAUAACAUGAAGACUCGUCCAGUGAAGUAGCGGGGGACACCAACAGCAGAGACUCUGUUGCAAACCAACUACCUAAUCACCUUGGGGACGAGUCUGAUAGUGAACUAACAUCAGCCACAUCUCCCAUUAUCAGCAGAGUCAGUGGUUGUGUCAUUCGCGUACCCCUGCGUUACUGAGAAUGAUUUCAUUGUUCUGAACGACAUUGAACACUGAACAUUUUAUUUGCAAACUGAAGACACAUUUCUAACAGUUAGUUUUCUUUGUUAUAGCACUGGCUCACAGUCUUUGCUAUAUUUGUUAUUCAGUUAAGGGCUACAGGGAAAAAUGUAAUGUUAUGCAUAGUCUGGGUACCCUGUGAUAUUCGGAGGGCACACGGGCAGUUGCUAUCUUGAUCUUAUGAUUGGGUUCAGUUUGUAUCUUAACAAUAUUUUUGUGCUUUUAUGAUGUAACAUUUUUUUGGAAACUUCUUUCACAGGAAAAUUGUACUCAGCAAGGUUUUAACAGCGGCAACGAGAAUGCUAGAGCUCGUAUUGGUAUUGUUGGAUACGAAUCCCGAUGCGGAGCAGCGAAUCUGUUCAAGUCCAGAAUCGGUUUUGGAGCCUCAGGAAAUUGGUAUGGAAUGAACAACGAUAAUUCGUGCGGAAACGAAUAUGAAGCCAAAGUGUCAAUAGUGGCUUUUGGCUACAUCUUUGUUCAAUAG